AUGGGAAACUUUGGAGCAUGUAGCUGCGAACGCUACGUUGUUAGGUCCAAGCGAACAAUAUCAGUUGCUCUUCUCGCCAUCUCAACGGUUCUCAUCGCCUUAUGCGCCGAAUACUUUUCUUCAAGCUUCUCAACGCUCAACCAACAAGGCGUCCUCGGUGAAUCCUUCGUCGGUUUAAUUGUCAUUCCCAUCGCCGGAAACGUUGCUGAGAAUGUCACCGCGGUUGUCGUGGCCUCGAAAAACCAGAUGGAUCUUGCCAUCAGUGUUGCUCUUGGAUCAGCCAUUCAAAUCGGUCUUUUGGUUGCACCUGCGAUGGUGCUUAUAGGUUGGGCUCUGGACAAGUCUAUGACCUUACAUUUUGAUGGGUUCGAACUGGUCACACUGAUCGGGGCUGUUCUUCUGGUUGACUUUAUCGUUCUCAAAGGAAAGACCAAUUAUCUGGAGGGCGCUAUCUUAUGCGCCUGCUUUGCAGCUAUUUCGGUUGGCGCAUACUUGUUGCCGCUCACUUGA